GGCGACAACUCCCCCGGCGGCCCCCCCUCUGGAGCCUCGGAAGGGGGGGAGGGCGAGCGUCCGAGGGUCAGCCUGGCGAACAAACCCUCCGCCACCGCCUUCUUCAACACACUGCGCACCAAGUUUCACCGCACGAGGAGCAAGGAUGGCAAGUUGGCGAGACGGAAGGACAUCCUCCUUGACGGCGUGAGGAGCAACUCGCAUCCUGACGUGAGUGUAGAGCGGCAAGACAGCACGACGGAUUAUGCUGCGGAUAAUUCCUCGGCCGAGCACUCCUCCUCCUGUACCCCGGUGUCCAUGUCCCCGAGGAGAGGACCGAUGCUGUCCCAGAACCGUCAGAACUCCCAGGACGUAGGUGGCAGUGCCCUCUCCGGCGCCCCGGAUCCUGGCGACCUGAGCAGCGUGCCCAGCGGUGCCAACCCUUCCAGCCUCACGCCCCCCACCCCCGCCCGUGCCCAGGGGGGGUUGAGCAGCUCCCCGGCCAACCUGGAGCAGACGGAGAGCGACACGCCCCAGCCGAAUCAGGCCUCGAGCAGCGGAACGGUGUACGAAGUGUGGUCUCAGGAGAUUGGCAUCUGUGACUUGCUGCCUAUCCCUGUGUUGUAUCCCGUGGUGUUGGGGGAUUCAGGCGCGCCGUUGGAGGUGGUCCUGGACCCAACCGUGCUGCGCCACCGAGCUCUGCGCCAGUACUCCUUUUUCCAGCUCCACGUCCACCUGAAGCGCGGCGAAGACCUGGUGGCCCGUGACGCCUGCGGUAAGCUCCUCCCCCAAUACUCAUCCUACCAAUCAGGAGACUCCGCGAGAGCAGGUUAUGGUUUCAGAGGUCAUUUAAAUAUUACCACAGCAGCACCCCAUGCUUGUUACCUCUGCAUUGUGUACAGGCAUAUUGAAAUGCAUUUUUAUAAAGAAUACAAACGUGAAUUUGGGUGGAAUGAAACUAAAUGUAGUGAAUUGUUUUGCAAGCCUGGCUCUAUAUUAACUUUUGCGAUGGAGUUAAAGCAUUUGCUCGUAGUCAAGGUUUCAUAUAUGUUAGAUUUUGUUGCCAUAAACUGUGUGGGAUUGUUCAUUUGUACAUGCAGAGGAUUUGCACCCCUUGUAUCAGAAUCUGAUGUAGUGCGCUAUUGCAAUGGGGAAAAGCAUGUUGCAUAA